GCGGAACUUCCGGUUCCUGGGCUUUCUGCCCUCUGGCUUCAGAGUCCCCUGAGUGGGACUGGUUGAGGGAGGGCGUGUUUUUUUUUCCUCCCUCGUCCCGGUGUUUCUGCCCCCCCAUAGCCCGACCUAUGGAGCCGCCUGAACAGUCGCGAGGUCACGGAUCCUACGGUGCCAUGGACGGGAUGGUUGGCAAGCACAAGAUAGAUCAUUCAUAUCAACUGACACCAGAAGAAUUCAGAGUAAGCCGAGAAUGUAUUAAAGAGAGCUUCUUAUACAGAUGUUUGCCCUUCUCAACUUUUGCCAUGGUGGUCACCCAUAUAUUAGUUCGUAAAGGAACCCUUACAUCUCAUCCGAAGUUCGGCGCUAUACCAAAAAUGGCAUUUGCAGGAAUCUGUGGAUGGUUUGCUGGCAAGAUAUCGUACAUAAAUGUAUGCAAAGAGAAGUUUAUGAACCUAAAGGAUUCACCCCUGGGAGAAAUGUUGAAGAAUGAAUCGCGAUCUGUAAGCCAGCGCUCUGAAUUUUCAAGAGAGUCCUCCUUUCCUGAAAGGGCUUCAGCCACGGAGACAGCACCAAGACCGAGAUCCUACGGAGCAGUCCCGUUUAGCUCUUCCAUGAAUGAAUCCACUCCGACUGGAAUUACAGAUGGCACCCCUCAAGAACCUGCGUCUGUGGAACAAGCUCCUAAAAGGACAAGAGUCACGUAUGAAGAACUCAGAAACAGAAACCGAGAAGGACAUGAGGCUGGAACAAUGCCGAGAUCCGAAAUCCGAACAAGCCCAUUCCCAAUAAAGGAGAAAGCUAAGUUAAAUAAGUAUGGAGAUGUUUGGGAAGAGUGAAAACUUCCUCAAGACCUGUCUUUGCUUCAUUAUUUCAGCUUAAUCAGUGUUGGUCAAACAGCUGGAUGUUCUACUGCAAAAUGGAAAUGUAAUACAAUUGCAAUAAAGGUAAUUUGUUCUCCGUUUUCA